UCGCGAGCAGUAUCGUUAGAGCCGGCCGGCAGACUUGUACUGCAUCGCUCGCGCCGCGUAUCGAACCGCGUCUCACAGUAACAUGCAAACGGAUUCUGUGUAACAAACGUCCAUUUUUAUUACAGUGCUGUGAUAAUAUCGCUAAUCUGGAUAAUAUAGUCAAAAUCGAGAGUCCCAGCAUGAAGCUGGAGUGGACAGAAAGCGAGUCUGAUUAUGGGUUGGAGGAGGCUGCCUUCUAUGAGGCACCAGCCGCCAUACCACCACCGCCACGCAAGCAUGUAUCCUUUAGCUUGCGACUUGAUUUGUGCGAUGAAGGAGGCGGUGCAGCCGACGGCAUCAAGACUGAGCCCCCCGAGCCAGAAGAGCCUAGAGCAAUGCAGAAAGUGCCUUCGCUUUCAGACCUUACAGAUCCUGAAGCGUCCCUUGACAUCCCAUCGCAGGUGCCGCCGCUCACGCCCGGCACCAAUAAGAAGAUGGCCGAGGCGCUGAAAGCUACCUUCGCCUCCUGGGAGAAGGAACAGCUGCGCCUCGGCGUACCAAAAGAUCCCCGGCAAUGGAGCGAGGCAGCGGUGGCGGCAUGGCUGCGCUGGGCUGCGAGAGAGUUCUCCCUGGAAGGCGUGGCACUGCAACAGUUUGCACGCGCACAAGGCAAGGACAUCUGUGCAAUGGGCCGCGAAGAAUUUGUCGCGCGCGCUCCAGCCUUUAUGGGAGACAUAUUGUGGGAACACUUAGAGAUUUUACAAAAAGAUGUGGAGAAAGAGCGUUCUCUGCUCGCGAACGUCCCGCCAAAUAUGUAUGAAAGCAACGUCUGCUUGCCCGAGCUCACUGACUACAUCCCUCCGCCAGCACAUCACUACAACAACAACAACAACACUGGCGGCUACACAACAGGUGGCCCUCGUGAGACUAACACAUACUACACCGAGGCGAGCGGUGGUGCGCCUGCACCGCCCGCGCCUGCGCCUGCCGCCACCUCCCCCCUCGACGAGUACUACCAGCCGGAGUACCCGCCACCGGCGCCCUCGCAGCCCUACCUUGACGACUACUACCAUCACGCGCACGCACACACACAACCCUUGGUUACGCACGAGCAUAAGUACCAGCCGCACGCGUAUACCAAGCCUUACCCAAGAACAGCCGGUGGAAGGUACGGCGCGGGCGGUGAAGUCUACGGCGAAGGCUACGCGACGGAAUACGGCGGCUGUGCGGAGUGGAGCGAGUGGCCGGGCGAGCAGCACGCACUGCUGCCGCAGGAUAAGCUGCCCUACCCGGCCUCCGGGCCCUGCUUCACUGGUUCAGGACCGAUCCAGCUGUGGCAGUUCCUACUGGAGCUUCUCACCGACAGGAGCUGCCAAGGGUUCAUCUCGUGGACCGGCGACGGCUGGGAGUUCAAACUUACAGACCCCGAUGAGGUCGCCCGACGUUGGGGCAUCCGCAAGAACAAGCCCAAGAUGAACUAUGAGAAACUGUCGCGUGGCCUGCGCUACUACUACGACAAGAACAUCAUCCACAAGACGGCCGGCAAGCGCUACGUGUACCGCUUCGUGUGCGACCUGCAGAGCUUGCUUGGUAUAUCACCAGAGCAACUGCACGCAAUGUAUGAGCCUAAAAUGGAAAAGAAAGACGACGACUGAACCCAAAUCUAGACGAUUGUUUCACCAGUCACAUUCACAUCUAGUAAAUAAAAAACGGAUUUUAUGAAUAAACUUUCGUUUCAUGCAAAUUUAUAUUCUUUCAACGCUUCAAUAUGCCACGGUAUCAUAUCAUACAUAUUUAAUUUAUUGCCAUAUUAAAAAAAAUUAAAGCGCAAUACAUUUUGUUACUUUUGUUUUUGCUUUUAAACGAAAAUAUUUAAAAAAAUGCAACUAUAUAACUGCAACAACGAUCAUUAAUUAGGAUUUUACUAAUACUAAGCGUUUACACCGUAUAUUUUCGUUUUCAUUAUCGUUAUGAAUAUCAUAUAAAUGUCGGAUUUGAUCUCAUGCACAUCCACCAGUGGGAUUUAUUUACUUACUAAUGAGUAUGACGUGGUUCUUUCAUACACCAUACAUAAUUUUAAGUACCAGAUUUAACCAACGGUGCCUUAACACAUACAGACUGUUGUUGAUUUUGUAUUUCUAAAUAAAUUAAUAUUGAUCCGAUUAUAUGAUAAAUGUACACGCCAGUAUUAAAAGGCACUACAUACAAACAUGUUUUUUUUAAAUAUCUUUUUAUAAUUAUUACAUUUCGCUGAAACCAAGUGUAUUAAUUAAAACAAACGCAUUCUGAAAAUUUAUAGAUAUUUAUGAAUUAGUAAAAAUAUAGCAUUGUUCAUAUACUCAUAUAAAUUAUUCUAAAUACAAAUAAUUUCGGCUUUAUAUACAUUUUCUCGACAGUGUUGCUACUCGUUCAGAUUUCUCAAUAAGAGAAAUCAUCUUCUUACAUAGUCUACAUAGUAAAAUACUGCUAUCAAUUUUAUAAUACUGUAAAUAUAAGUUAAUUUUGUUACUUUAUAAAAAUAAUUAGGUAUUAUAUUAUAAUAGGAAAUAAGUGUUGUAUGUUUGAUUCGCAAAUUGUUGCAAUAUGCGGUUAAAUUAAUGCAUUGUUAGAAUGAUGAAGGACAUGAAAAAUCUAUUUAGUUCACAUAAGUCCAAAGAUUAUAAAAAUCUACAUGAGUGCCCACCAAUUGGAAAAUAAAUACUGUGAAAUCACCAAAGGGACUUCUCUUUGAUAAAAAAAACAUAUAAAUUAAUUAAAUAACCUUUGUAAUAAAUGCGGCCUGUGAAUUUAUAAGGAAAGUAUAGCAACACCGGGUGACAUCAACUUGUCGCUGAUCUCGUGGUAAGGGAUUGUAAUGUCUUACUAGUUAUGAAAUUAAUUAGUUGUAUUAUUUUCAAUUUUUAUAGCUCCUAGCAUACACCGAAGAUAUUUCGAUAAGUUUUAUUUUGUAAAGUAUUACUCCUCCAUCAAUAUUAUACUCAUGAAAAUAGCAGUUGUCUCUUAGUACUAGGUGCUAGAUAUUGUAAUAUAAUGAUCCCUUCAAAGAUGUCUUCCCUGAUUUGAUAAAGUUCUUACGAUGAAUGUAAUUGAUUUUAAGAGGAAUUAUUAAAUUUUCUGUAUGAUGUUGAUAAAUAAAUGUUCGUGUAUCAGCCAAAUUGAUGUACCUACCUAUCAAUGUUGUAUGUAUUGAUGGAAGAUAUAAAAUUAAAUAUAUAUAUUUACGAAAUUA